ACUAAGAUGGAGUCCCGUGCUCGUACGUGGAUAUGAGUUUAAGGGAUUGUAGCACAAUUUCACCGGCAUGUUGAGGCUCUGUGAGAAACUCCGUGAGGCGGACGCGAAGGGCAGGAGGUACGGACUAGCCCGUGCGGAGACAGGCUACCUCCGUGCCCUGGUUGACGCCGUGGCUGACAAGGACAGGCUGGCGGAAGUGGAGCUGCUCAAAAGUCUGGGCGACGUGAACUUGGAGAAGGGAAGACUCGGGAAGGACGUAGGAAAGUUCAACAUGGCUUUGGCGCUUUACAUAGCUGCUGUGGUCCGGUGUCAAAAUCGGGAUCAGGGAGAAGGUAUAGAACACCGAUACAAAUACGCGGAGAGACGUUUAGAAGGGAUGUCGUCAAAGGGGUCACAUGCUAAUAAGGUACAACGAACUGAAGACAAAGGGACGACUACACCUGCAAAUGUGGCCAGAAAGUUUCAAGACCUGGACAAGAGACAUGCUGCCAGUGGUAACACAGACUUUUUGCUGGUUGGAUACGCAAACUUGGUGGUAGAAGGAAUGGUAAUGGAGAAUAACAUUCUAGAAACAGAGGCGAUCAAGAGUCUCGGUGACGUGUACCUGAAAAGAGGAACAGAAACUAGAGACACAAAACACUUGACCAAAGCUACUGCUCUGUACAAUACUGCACUGGCGCGGGGUAACGACUCACAGGGAGCAUUUGUUAUUGUCCACCGUUUACUGUACACAGAUAAAAUUAGACAGGACAUCGCAAAAACAAGUACAAAGAGGCCAACUCGUGCGAAACGACAAAGAAACGUGAGAAGACCGUUCUCAACUGACCCCUCAAGUUUCAACAUUAAUGGCGGGACGUUAAACAGUGUCAAGAAACCGGAGAAAGUUGAAACCCCGACACGAAUUGAGGAUGACAAUACAUACGAAGAACAUCUACAGAAUGGCUGCAGGGCCCUGCAGACUGGGGACCUGGACACAGCAGAACAAAGCUUUGCAGCUGCGAUCAAGUCUGUUCAUGUCAACGGUCGACACAAGAAGGAGGCAGAGCCCCUGUACAAGUUGGGCGAGGUCUAUCUGAAGAGAGGAAUUCAGUCAAAGAACGGGGGUGAUUUCACCAAGGCUGCAGCACUCUGUAAUGCAGCACUGGUAAGGGCAAGGAGAAAAGAUAUAGAGCAAGCAAUCAUAGAAAUAACUCAAGCAUUUGUGAAGGAAGUCCUGAAGAUCAAACAUAAGGUAGACAGUGACCAUACAGAGAGACACAAAUCGAUGUUGACGACUGAUAGGGACUAUGUAGAAAAGGAGAUCAAAAGAAUAGAACAAGAGAUAGACCCAUAUAGCCUUGAUGACGAGGACCCAAAAAUAAAAGAGAUAGAGAUGAAGAGAGUGGAAGCGAUCAAAACAUUGUUUCAGGCACUUGUUGAUCAGCGUAAAAAGUUCAUAUCUUACCUUGUAGAUGAAUGCAUAGAGGUUAUGGGCCCCCCUCCCUGUAAGUACGCCAUGAUAGGUCUGGGUUCACAAGCCACAGGAUUGGUAACACCAUACUCUGAUCUAGAGUUUGCCAUUUUGGUAGAGGUAGAAACCAAGCAUAAUGCUAGUUAUUUCCGCAACCUCACUCAUUAUCUGCAUCUUAAAGUGAUCAAUCUCGGAGAAACAAUUCUUCCGGCAAUGGGGAUUAAGUCUCUUAAUGAUUUCUACUCACACAACCCACUGGACAGCUGGUUCUAUGACUCUAUAACACCUCGCGGUUUUGCGUUCGAUGGAGCCAUGCCACAUGCAUGUAAGACUCCAUUGGGCAGGGGUAGAAACAGCACAGGAACAAGCGAACUCAUCCACACACCAAGCAAUAUGACCAACAUAAUGAAAGACGACCUCACGUUCUAUUUAAAGAAAGGCUACCAUCUCGCUAGUAUACUGGGAAAUGUUGCUUUUAUCACAGGAGACCAGGCCUUGGUCGACGAGUACAGGUCACUAUGGACGCAGCAGCUACAAGAAAAUUAUAGGGAAAUUCCACUGGUAAUGGCAUUUUCUUUAUUACGUGACACUGUAUCAACCUUUGAAAAGCAGCCUCUCACUGCCGAACUGCUGAAUGUUAAGAAGGAAAUGUAUCGGUUUUCAAGCUUUGCUGUGUCCCUUUGGGUGCUACUCCAUAACAUACAACCGACCACAAUCUGGGAGACAAUUCAGAACUUGAAAAACAGUGGAGUCGUCAGUAGUGAGAACGCACACCACUUGAUGGUGAUGGUCAGUAUAUCAGCAGAACUGAGGUUGCGGACAUACAUAAAGAAUCGUGGUCAGGUAGAAAACAUGUCAGCCUUAUCGUCAAUUUCAAACGGCACGGACAUUGAGGAGAAGCUACAGAAAGUGUUUUACAUUUCAAAUACUAAACAGCUGAUGAGAUAUUACUUUACAGCUAAACCCCUAAGGCGCUUUAUUCCACAUUUGAUUGGCCCCCAGCCACUGAAAGAACCAUUUAUUUUCUUUGACAAUUCUUCCGAGCUAAAAGCUGAGAUACAUAAAAGUUUGUGCGAUUUCAAAAAUUCUAUGACAUUCUCAAAAGAAAGGCUACGAAAUUGUAUUUUGAAAUAUGGUAAAAACACUGCACACAGUGAUGUUGCAGCCUCACUUCGCAACUUUGCUUCCGCUUUGGAUACCCUUGGGGAUCACGAAAAGGCAAUUAGCUAUUACGAACAGGCAUUAAAGAUGAGGCGGAGUAUUUACGGCGAGCACAAUGCACAUCCAGACAUCGCCGCUUUACUUAACAGUCUGGGUAACACCUGGAUAAAACUCGAUGAUCACAAGAAGGCAGUUAGCUAUUAUGAGCAGUCACUGCAGAUGAACCGGAGUAUUUAUAUAUAUGGUGAGAACAUUGCACAUCCUGACAUCGCUAUGUCACUUAACAACUUAGGUACCGCGUGGAUUGAACUCGGUGAUAACAGAAAGGCGGUCAGCUAUUUUGAGCAGUCCUUACAGAUGUACCGGAGUAUCUAUGGUGUGGGCACUUCACAUCCUGACAUCACCAACUCUCUCAACAACUUGGGUAACGCCUGGAGAAACCUCGGUAUUCAUAGAAAGUCGGUCAGCUAUUAUCAACAGUCACUACAGAUGAAACGGCGUAUCUAUGGUGAGGACACUGUACAUCCUGACAUAGCCGCCUCACUGAACAACUUGGGUAACACCUGGUACGACCUUGGUGAUCACAGAAAGGCAGUCAGCUAUUAUGAACAGUCACUAAAUAUGAACUGUCUUAUCUAUGGUAAAGACAUUGCACAUCCUCACAUCACCACCUCACUUAACAACUUGGGUAACACCUGGAGCAACCUUGGUGAUCACAGAAGGGCGGUUAGCUAUUAUGAACAGUCACUACAGAUGAACCGGAGCAUAUAUGGUGAGGAAACCGCACAUUCUAGCAUCGCAAGAUCACUUGACAACUUGGGUGGUGCCUGGUGGGACCUCGGUGAUUACAGAAAGUCGGCAGACUUUAUUGAACAGGCACUACAGAUGUAUAUGAGUAUUUAUGGUAAGAACGUUUCACAUCCUGACAUUGCCACCUCACUUAACAACUUGGGUCAAGCCUGGAGAAACCUCGGUGAUAACAGAAAGGCGGUCAGCUUUUUUAAACAGUCACUACAAAUGACGCGGAGUAUCUAUGGCGAGGACACUGCACAUCCUGACAUCGCCGUGUCACUUAGCAACUUAGGUAACACAUGUAGAAGCCUCGGUGAUUACAGGAAGGCGUUCAGCUAUUAUGAACAGUCAUUACAGAUGUACCGGAGUAUCUAUGGCAAGGACACUGUACAUCCUAAAAUCGCGAACUCACUUCACAAUUUGGGUGCCACCUGGAAUGACCUCGGUUAUCAAAGAAAGGCUAUCAGCUAUUAUGAACAGUCAUUACAGAUGAACGUGAGUAUCUAUGGCAAGGACACCGCACAUCCUAAAAUCGCGAACACACUUAACAACUUGGGUGCCACCUGGAGUGACCUCGGUAAUCAAAAAAAGGCGGCCAGUUGUUAUGAACACUCACUACAGAUGUACCGGAGUAUCUAUGGUGAGGACACUGCACAUCCCGACAUCGCCGCAUUAUUUAUCAACUUGGGUAACACCUGGAAGGACCUCGGUGAUCACAGAAAGGCGGUUACCUAUUAUGAACAGUCACUACAGAUGAACCGGGUUAUCUAUGGUACGAAUAUUGCAAAUCCUGACAUCGCCGGCUCACUUAACAACUUGGGUGAAGCCUGUAGAAUACUAGGUGAUCUCAGAAAGGCAUAUAGCUGCCAUAAACAGUCACUGCAGAUGAGGAGGGGUAUGUACGGCGAGGGAACUGCACAUUCUGACAUCGCUGCCUCACUUAACAACCUGGGUGCCAUCUGGGCUGAUCUUUGUGAUUACAGAAAGGCGGCAAGUUAUAUUGAACAGGCACUACAGAUGUACCGGAGUAUCUUUGGCGAGGACAGAGCGCAUCCUCUCAUUAUACAAGCGCUUAACAAUUUGAGCGUGCUCUGGAGAGAGCUAGGAAAUAACGAAAAGGCUAUGAACUAUCUUCAACAGAGCAAACAAAUGAAACAGAUUAUUAAAAGUUCAGAUCAGUAAUUAGCACCAAACCCUGUGAAUUAAUCUCCUAUCAAGACAAAAUGUUACCAUACAACAUUUUGCAAAAGAUAACCAGUGUAGAUGGAAAAGUCAGUGCCGUCACAUUGCGAAACGCUAUACUAGAGUAGUAUAUAUAACGAAAGCUAACGAUUUUAUUUUACUGUAAAUUACGGUACGACAAUGUGAUUGUCUGUGUUGGCUCAAUCAAAACAUAAAACUGAUUUCAUGCAGCCGUUGAAGACUAAUCAUUGUACAAUGGGUGAUCAUGAUCAAUAAAUAGUUGCUUCGCCCAAAAAAAGGUGCACAACUUUUAACUUAAAAGCAUUCAGGCAUGGUAAUAAAGUAUAAAACGUUUUAUCAAUGUCUACCAAUAAAUCAAAUCAUUCUGAUCAUUUGUCGUUAUUUGAGAUAAACGGAAAGAAUUCAGGUUUAUUGAGCUACAACCUGAGUAUUGGGGGUCAAGUUGCUCCGGUGAAAAUCAGAUACCCAUCUCUUUCUAGCUGAAAUACAAAGGAAAACGUUAUCAAAUAUUUUGACAUUGUCUUAUCAAGUAGAUUUUUGGGCACGAUAAACACGACUCACACAAGAGGAGAGGAGGAUCAAACCAUUUGGCUUUACCAGAGACGACCUAUUUACCAUAUAUACGAGUUUUAUUCCACCAACCUGCGAGCACGCAGUCCCCAUUUGGCAAUUUAAAGUCUCAAAUACUUCACCUAGCAACGUAGAGAGAUCCGAACUAUUCUAGCUAUAGGGAUCCUCUACACAACCUACACAGACGCUUGCCUCACUCUAGUCCUUACAACGUUGGAACAAAGACUUGAUUACCUCUGUGAGUCCAGAAAACACUACAGUCAGACUACUUUCGCGAUAGGCCCCCCCGAGACGAGAAGUCAUCACAAGCAGAAAGACGCACGACAGCUGUCAGUAGAACGCCAUAAAACUAGAACAAGUAAACAAUACUGUAACAGAAAAAGCCCAACACCUUACACAGUAUUACUAAAGCUAAAGUUACCCAUACAUCAUUGUGAUGCGUCGGGCCCGGCGUCCUUUCCGUUUAGUAGCCCUGGGGUCACACAUACGAAGGUCACUACAGCAGGGGCUAGUCCACUGGAACUGUAGUGUGUUUAUACUCUCCCUCUUAGCAGAGAAAGAAGUAUGUACCCAUUUUCCAAGAGUAUUUGGUAUGACCCGGCUAUCUAGUGGUGGCCUUCCAUCCAAAUACUGCCUGGACUGCAUGUUGCUUAACUUUCGACAUCGAGUGUAUCAACACGCCACGGCCAUAAUCACAUUUAAACUGUUACUUCAGAAACCUGUUAACAUUACCCUUUACUGAACGAAACGAUCAUCAUAAAAAAGACACCAGUAUCAAAAAGUACCAUAAAGAGGACUAACAUUUUUAACACCGAUACUGUGUCGUGUUUUAAUGCUUGUAUGUUGUAAUUUCAAUUGACACAUGUACUUUUAUCUUUUACUCCCAUUCUGACGAAUUUAUUUAGACACUAUAAAGUAUAGUGUAAUUCGUAUUAUCAUAACUGUUUUACCCGAUUAUGAUCGAUAUGCUGGAACAAUUUUCUUUUUAGACACAAUGAUUCUCUUUAGACACUCGUUUAUGUUGUGAAUAGCAUAAUCGUAUUGUAAAUAACAGUGUGGUAAAAGCCUGGCCUUUUUCUGAGGCUGUGAGGCCGACCGUUACUGUACUCCAAGUUUAAUUCAUUGUAGACUUUGCAGCUGUAAAAUUUUAUGAGGGUAAAUAAAACCAUUACUAUUACUACCAUCACUGUUCCUUGUUACUGUAAUGAUCAUCCCUCCUAGUUCAGGCUGAGAAGUCCGUGAUUAGCCAUUUUGCUUGGAAUAUCAUUUAAUUGAUGUAUGUGAAUCAUAACGAUGAGUACCUACCUUAUACAUAAGUGAUACAUUACAGUUAAGGUCAAACAUUCGAUAAACAUAGCAAGUUUCUGGUUUCUCAUGGGCAUUCGUUUACCCAUUACGAUGUUCUUUUUUUUUUUUUUCCUUCAAAAAGCAGAUUCCAAUUUUGUUUUCAAGACAGUGUAUCAGAACCUUUGUUACCGUCGUAAAAGAGGUGCUGUUUUGGUGUGAGCAUGAGUAUUUUUAGUAUAAGUAUAUGGACUGUUUACCAGCUUGUUACAUACAAUUACCGGUGGUUUGUGAUAUUUGACGUGUUGGUAUGUUAUGCAAAUAUUGAGAUUUGAUAAACUAAAGGAUAAUGAGAAUAAUCACAAUAUCAAUAACAUGAUGUGACGCUAUAUUUCUACAUUCUACAUAAAAUUGUAUAAAUCUGUUAAGUAAACAAUGUGGACAGGUAGACAAAGACAGCUUGAUAUUUUGGGGAGGCUCUCUUUCUUCUGUGUGUGACAAUUAUGAUUUACCCUUUAAAAAUAAUAAUAAUAAAUAAUUAAACAGAAAGCAAUAAAAUCGUAUUGUGAACAAUUCCAA